CUCUUCCGUGUGUUAUGUAGCGGAAGGAGGGGACAUGGCAACAAUGAUCGAAGAAAAUGGACCUUCGACUCACGAACCGUCCUCAUCGUCUCCGUCGUCCCAGGCCAGACAGAAACUGGAAGGACUCCUCAAUAAGAACAUGAGGAUCCGGAUGACAGACGGUCGGACCCUGGUCGGGCUGUUCCUCUGCACCGACCGAGACUGUAACGUCAUCCUGGGCUCGGCUCAGGAGUUCCUCAAAUCUACAGAUACCUUCUCCCAGGGGGAACCUCGGGUCCUGGGUCUGGCCAUGAUCCCGGGUCACCAUGUGGUCUCCAUCGAGGUGGAGGCCGACAGUCUGGACGACGCGCAGGGAUUCGGAUCCGAACAUUGAUGAACUUUAUCCUGUUUGGACCUGGAAACGAAGCCGAGCCCAAACGGGACCGGGACCAGGACCUGGACUGGGACCAGGACUAGGACCGGGACCAGGACUAGGACCGGGACCAGAACCCGGACUCAGCACGGAAUUAUAAAAUCCACCUGGACGCGGGCCCGGUGGAUCUGGAGUGUGUUCAGAGACAGAUGGACUGGGUGUGAACUGUGUGAAAUAAAUGUGUGUAAAUGUUCAUGCUGGAAAUAAACGUGUUUGUGUUGGAGGUUCUGGG